UCUGCGAAGAAACAAUGGCGACAGAAUCUCCACGCCGCCCUAGUCGAUGUACUGGAGGAGUGGUUGUUCGCCCACAAGCUGUCACGGAACAGUCGUAUAUGGAAAGCGUUGUUACGUUUCUGCAAGAUGUUGUGCCACAGGCCUAUAGUGGUACCCCACCAGCAGAAGAAAAGGAGAAGAUCAUGUGGGUCAGAUUUGAAAAUGCAGAUUUAAAUGAUACAUCAAGGAAUAUGGAGUUUCAUGAAAUACAUAGCACUGGGAAUGAACCACCGUUACUGCUAAUGAUCGGAUACAGUGAUGGAAUGCAAAUCUGGAGCAUACCUAUCAGUGGUGAAGCUCAGGAACUCUUUUCUGUCCGCCAUGGUCCAGUUCGAGCUGCACGGAUUUUACCAGCUCCACAAAUCAGUGCUCAGAAAUGUGAUAAUUUUUCUGAGAAGCGGCCUCUUCUUGGUGUGUGCAAAAGCAUUGGAUCUUCUGGCACAAGCCCACCUUACUGCUGUGUGGACCUUUAUUCUUUGCGAACAGGAGAGAUGGUCAAGUCCAUACAGUUCAAAACUCCUAUUUAUGAUCUGCAUUGCAAUAAAAGGAUACUUGUAGUAGUCCUGCAAGAGAAAAUUGCCGCCUUUGACAGCUGUACUUUCACCAAAAAAUUCUUCGUUACAAGCUGCUAUCCUUGUCCAGGGCCAAACAUGAAUCCUAUUGCUCUUGGAAGCCGUUGGCUUGCUUAUGCAGAAAAUAAGCUGAUCCGAUGCCAUCAAUCCCGUGGUGGAGCCUGUGGAGACAACAUUCAGUCUUACACUGCCACAGUCAUUAGUGCUGCCAAAACGAUAAAGACUGGACUUACAAUGGUUGGGAAAGUAGUUACGCAGCUGACAGGGACGCUGCCUUCAGGAGCAACUGAAGAAGAAAUUUUAGCUCAUAGCAACAUUCGUCGAAGUCCUCUGGUGCCUGGAAUCAUCACUAUAAUUGAUACAGAGACAGUUGCAGAAGGGCAG